CGAGCGGAGCGGAGCGUCAGUGCGCCGGAGGCAGCGGGCUGCGCCGUACGUGUUCCACGCAGCCCGCUAAUCGAGAAAUUCCGAGUGUUUUGUGCAAAUGCUUGUGUUUAUAUGGCGGUCACAUUACUACGAGUGUUGGUGCUGGGUGUGAUCGCGGCGGCCGCCGACGAUGUCCCGAUAACGUGGUUGUCGUCUCCGCGCGCUUCGGUGCCGUGUGUGGUGCCGGACGCGGACCGGAUCCCGGCGAGACGCCCCCCACCCCCACUCGAGGCUGAAGACAGGCCGAGACCGAAGCCCUAUGUCUGGAGGAAGGGCGAUGAGGAGGUUAAACGGGUACUAAGCAAUGGUACUCUCGAAGUGUCGAAGAAGAAGGACGGUAGCUCCGAGGGGGUGUACCAGUGCACCGUGAGGCACCAUGCUGGCCUCGUGCUCGGGUACCCUGUGCAGCUCAAGUUUGCUUACCUCGAUAAGCAGUUCUCGGUGCACCCCGAAAACGCGACGGCAUGGUGCGGCCAGCCCUUCGUGCUGAACUGCAGCAUCAGCUCGGGCCCAGCCGCCGCCAUCUCCUGGCAGAAGGAUGGAGAACCUCUGCCUCAGAAUAAUAGAUACACAGUGCUGAAAAAUCAGCUACUCAUCACGGACGUGACAGGAGAAGAUGCUGGUCUAUACAGAUGCAAAGCAACAAACUCCCACGCAAACAGAACAAGAUACAGCCAUGAAGGGAAGGUGCAAGUUGAGGAGUACCCGGGUAACCCGGAUACCGACCCGGCUAUGCUGCCGGUCCACCAUGAGAAGGAUAUUGCAGUUCCGAGGGGCAGUACCGUUGUGUUGCCCUGUCCUGUCACAGGAUGGCCUAGGCCUAAGCUAAUCUGGGAGUUCUCCCAACCAGGCGAGAGGACCAGUGAGCUGGAAGCCACGGACGAAGUCCUGACUCUCCGUGACGUAGGUCCUGAGCAGGAGGGAGUCUACACCUGCACUGUUGAGGGGAACAGCGACCUGGUAAAGACGUUCGCGGUAUCUCUAACAGAGCCAGCCCGCAUCACGGUGCACCCCACCUCCAAGCAGACCUUCCGAGCGAGCACCGUGCGGUUCAACUGCACGGCUGCCGGGAAACCAGCUCCUACCGUCACCUGGUACAAGGAUGGGAAGCCUCUCACGCUGGCUGGACGGAUCGUGGUGUUACCAUCAGUUGAUGGCAAACGAUUGGAACUUCUCAUCAGAAGCGUGACCUCUGAAGAUGCAGGAGUAUACCAAUGCUUCGCGCAGACGCCCCACUCCACAGCCUCAGCCUGGGCGACGCUGAACGUGACGGGCGCCGGCGCCGCCGCCCCGACCGGCGUGACGUGCGGCGCGGCGGGCGCGCGCGCCGUGCUCGUGCGCUGGCCGCGCGUGCGCGCUGACGUCAUGGCGUACACCGUGCAGAUCACUACUCCUGGUGGAAUAUCUCUGCCCGGCCAACCUGUGAUUGGCAUCGAAGACAUCAUAACCGUCGCAGAGCCAUUGACACCAUAUGGGUUCCAGGUCCGAGCAUACAUCAAAUCACCGACGACAAACAGGAAUGUGGCGAGUGACAUGUCCGAGAGUGUCACGUGCCAAGGACAGGGAGUGCCCAUCAAACUAGCCCGCCAAAAUGAUGACAUCCUGGUCUCGUGGAAGCAGUUCGCAGACCAGACUCCUGGCGUGCUGCAGUGGAUCCUGCAGUAUAAGGUCGAGAACAGCACCGAUGAGCUUAAUGUGACCCUCGAUGGGAAGGUCACCAACUAUACUAUCAAAGGAUCAACACAAGAACCCCUACAAGUGAGGGUGCUCGGCACAAAGUACCUACCCUGGCUGCAUCAAAACUUGACCCUGGUGCCGUGGACAUCCACCAGCGUGGCUGUGAGAGCCCCUGACGCCGGCGAGGUGAAAGCAAUUCCCGAAGAUGUGGAAGUAACAGACAUACGACCAGAAGGGUUCACUGUGCGCUGGCGCUGCGAGGAAGCGGACCUGUCUCCCGAUAUCUUCUCUUACAUGGUCUGCACCAGGAGAAUCGACGGCAACGAGGACUGUGUGGAGACCCAGCUGAAGUCAGUCCGCAUAGACAAGCUGUCCCCCAGCACUAUGUACGAGGUGCGCGUGCAGGCGCGAGUGCGAGCGCGCGACGCCGCCGGCGACUUCUCCGCGCCAAUCACUAUUACUACUCCCUCUGAUGGUCCCCAGCGUUUCAAGGACUUAUCAGCUAAGCUGGUGAACGCCACCACUCUCCGAGUAUCCUGGAACAGUGUACCCGGCAAGUACACGAUCCACUACAGCAAUGAGCGCAAUGUGCCCCUCAACCAGUGGUCUUCUGUUGACACCAUGGGGAAUACUGUGCUGUUAACCGGCCUGGACCUGACUAAGGAGAUGUAUGUAAUGGUGACGGGGUACGAACCUCUUGGCCGCAGCCAGAUAUUGAACGUUACAGUGCCUGAGACCAAAGAGCUGCAGUACUGGUUCACUCGCUCCGGGCUGACAGUGACGUGGCGCGGCGAGGGUCCGCGGCAGGUCAUGUACUCCCAGAACCUGACCCAGUCGCUGGACAAGUGGCCCACCAUCAAUGUUACUACUAAUAUUGUUCAUAUAACUGGGCUAGAACCAGAGCAGUCCACAUACGUGGUGGUGGCGGCUCCAGGCCCCAGUCUCCGCAGCCAGGUGGUGACAGUACCACCACGACCGCCUGAUCACUCCUCAUUCUACCUCAGUAUAGGUAUCGGAUGUGGCGUGGUGUUGCUGUGUCUACUGGCGGUCGCCGCCAUUUGCAUUUGGCGCAGACGGAAGAGGUCGCAAUCUCCUGUCAGGUCACGUCGAAGGAACCUUUCUUCUCCCGAAGGUAAUGAAGAAGAAGGAGCGGAGAUGAAGAAUAUUGGCAACAGGCUGGCCAAUGGCGGCGGCUCGAAGGACGCGGGGGAACCACUCCUGAAUGGCCAUGUGCACAUCACAGAGAACCCUAACCAAUCAAAAACACCAAACGGGCGCAUGAGAAAAGGCCGUCGCUACGAGGCUGCCUUCGACGUCGCUCGAUACGAAGACCCCGACUCAACCCUCGAGACAGUUCUAGACCCCGACACUUCUGCUUCCACCACCUUCAACCUCCUCGACACCUCCCGGAGACCAGAGUACGACCUCUGCAGGUCCUCCCGGGACAUCAGCUCGAACAACUCCUUCAACAAACUCCCUGAUGAUAACAUGAACUCAGAACUCACCCGCAGCACCGACUUCCAACUAGACAACAGCAAAAUUCUCCCCACGCUACAGCCUAACGGUUGAAACACCCCCCACCCGGUCACCUAGAACUACAAUAGGGGUAGGCGGCCCCUGAAAUCAGGUAUCGAUUCACCGAUACCGAUUUCUCGCGUCAAUUCGAAUGGUGUUGCUAUUUUUAAGUCAAGGAUUGAGAUUGUGUACAGACAAAAUCGUUUUUUUUUUACUAGUUGCUCGUUAGACACAGUAAAAUGGAUAUACGACUAUAAUAAGAAGGGUAAUACUUGAAGUUUUUAAUAGAUAAUAAUGAGGCUUUACACAGUCCGGUCGAUACGGGUUCGCGCGAGGAUAGCUUACGUGUUUCGUUCCUAACGUUAGAAUUUAUUUUUAAUUAUUGUAAGGCUGAUAUUUUUUGGUAAACAAUAGUACGGGUAAAUAAUUUAAGUGUUAAAAAUGGAUUCAGGUCGGACGUAACUGUUGUUCAAUGCCACGUGGAGUUAUUCUCGCCGAUCUGUCGGAACGCCGUCGUGAACGACACCCUACGAUUGUUAUUGUGUAUAUAUAACGUUUUUAUUGCCGGUUUUAUGGCAAGCCGCACUUGUAUAUAGCGUUGUUCGGUUACGGCCUGAGAUUAUAUGCGCCCGACAAUAAUGUAGGAAUGACGCGUCACUCGCGACGUGAGUGUGCUGCGUCGUCACCUCUUAGUGUAUAAACAGUGCCUCUCGAAGUACACACUGAUCAUAAGUCAUACAAAUAGAUUCACCGUUAGUGCAACAUAAUCGUACAAAAUAUAGACCAAAAUAAUUCCAAACACUCAUUGAAUUCGCGUGUACAUAAAUAACAUAAAAAAGAAGUAUUUUAUCGAUGUUAAAAUGAUGAUGAAUAACUAUAUUUAUUUUUUUCUCCCGAUUUAUUUUCACACAGUUCAUAGACAAAGCCUCAGAUGCUAGUUAUCUUCACAAUUUACAUUCCAGUUUUAUUUAAACAUAUAUAUUUUACACAACACAAUAGAUAAUAUUAUAACGCACAGGUUUUUUUAUUAUAUUUCCUACUGUUAUAUACUUUGUUUAAAGCAGUUUUACAACUUUUAAUCCACAAAUUCUAGAUACUUAAAACCUAAGAAAUCAAGUAGAUAGAAUAAAAAGUAAUUGUAAAAUAUAAAAUAUAUAUUAUGAUAAAAGUAAUAAUUUAUUACAACGAACUAUGACUAUUAUAGAAUGAAAAUAGUUUAUAAAAUCACGCGUUAUCGUUAUAAAAAAGUUACUAAAACGUUAUGCACAUUUUUCCUCUUUUUUAUGAAGUUGGGAUAUGCUUAGCUUACGUCAUACUAAAUCAAAAUGAUCUGGCCAUUUUAGCUGAGCCGAAAACCAUAUAAAAAUAUUGAAAAAACACAGUGUUUUUGCAGACCGAAAUUCAUUUACCCCUAAAUUCCUUCAAACAUCAUUCUUGUUUAUUUAUGUCAGUAUAAAUACUUUCAUUGAAAGAAACAGUAUGUAGUCUUAAAGGCGUUGUCUUCUUAGCGGUCCCAGACCUAUAAAUUGUUAUUAGUAAAUUACCUACCCAAACCCACCCAUUUGUCACAUUCCUUACACAAUAGUUUUAAUUGCCUCCAGUAAAUAAUAUUUAUAUAUUCUUACUAGCUGGUGCCCGCGACUUCGUCUGCGCAGGUUUAGUAUUUCGAACAAUAUGUUUACAAAUUGUAGCCUAUGUGUUAUUCUGAUGUAUAAGCUAUAUUAUUGUAAAGUUUCAUUAAAAUCCAUUCAGUAGUUUUUGCGUGAAAGAGUAACAAACAUCCAUACAUCCAUACAUACAAACUUUCGCGUUUAUAAUAUUAGUAGGAUAUACCCAGUAGUUAUGUAGCACUGAAUUAAUGCUCCGUUAAUCGGCAAUGCUAAGGAACAUUUCAACUGAUUUCUGAAUAAUUUACGUAAAAAAAUAAGCAGAGAUCCGUAGAAUAAAAAGUGCAUCUUGCUUCGAUAAAUUAGUGGCAUGUCAGUAUUUCGGUCCUGCGCCUGAAGUCUCUCCGGUGGUGUCUGAUUGCCGUCCCAUUGGGCUAUGAGAGUGAAGGAAUAGUGAGUGCACCUGUGUCCAAGCAAAAGCACUAUAAUAUGUUCUGCGCAGUUGGCUAACAGCCGCCGUGGCCGAUAAUCGGCUAGGACAUCAUAUACGUAUGUAUGUGCUUUACUAAAUCAAUAUAAAAAUUAUUGAUUUUAAUUAAAAAAACACAAGACUGACAUGGCCAAAUCUAUAGUGACAUAAGCUAAGCAUGUUUCAACUCAGCCUACAUUACAAAAAAUAAUGUUUGCUGAUCAUUAUUCCAUAUCACAAUUUAUAUCUACCUCAUUUUAUUCGUUUAAGAUUAUUUUAGAUGUUAUUGGAAAAUUUUAAAUGUUGAUCACGAUUAAGUUUUCUACUGUAACCCAACGAAGUGGUUUCACGGCUCUUACUGGUUAGAUUAAGUGGUGUUUUUUUUUAUUUAUUUAUUGUUAGGACAGUAAGUAUUUCACUGAUAAUUUGUAAUGUUUUUUUUUUUCCUUUUUUUCUCCCCCAAUUUUUUUAAGUAGUGUUAGUGACUCGUACUUGGUCGAUAUUAUGUUUUUGCACAACUAUUUUAAAUAAUUCGAUGUAUAUACCUGUUUUAACGUAUAUAUGGUGUUUUUUUGGAUAACAUUCAUUUUGAAUUUUCGAUGGUUUUUCUUUAUUUCAAUUGCAAAUUCAGUUUAUGCGGUUACUUACACAUAUACAUAUUUUUACCACAGUAUUUCGUGAAUAAUAUCGACCAACUCUAAGAGUUCUUAGACUUUACGUCAAAACCCUUUUAUCAGUUUUUUUUUGUUUUUAUUUAUGUACAAAAAAUCAUGACUGAUUUUAUUAUGUUUUAUCGCACUAAAAUCAGACGCCUAUAUCGAGUAUAUAAUAUUAUAUAAUGUACCUAUUUAUAUUUUGAGUUAAAAGCACCUAGGUACAAUUAAUUAUACGGUAAGGUAAAGCGACCGCGGAAAAAGUCAAAAAUUAAAAUUUUCAAAAUAAUAAUAUCUUGGUUCUCUCAGUGUAAAUUUUUCUCUCGAAUAUUAAUGUGACAUUUUAUAAAUCUAAUUGUAUUUAUUUUUUGACUUAUUAAGGCACGCGGUCGCCAUUGUAAAUAAUAUAAAAUAUAAAACUCAGUUUAAAAUUAAAUUGAAAAGGAAAAAACGCCGACUAUGUACCUGAAAAAAAUUCAAUUACACUAAGUUAGCUAGACUUAGAUGUAGUUUUUAGAUCUUUAAAAAUUUAGAAUUUUAUCUUUGACGCUAGGUUUUGUCACAGGGUCUCAGCUUCGAUUCUAAAUAGAUGCAAAAUGAGCGCUGUUUUUUUCCUUAGUUUAUUUAAGCUAAACUAUGCAUUAUUUUGAUUCAACAUUUGAACGUAUGGUCUAGGUCUCGACGUAGUGCGCUGGUUUUCUUCAUUAACACAAGUAUUGUUAUUAUUUUAUUUGUCCCCAGUAUUGCUACAUGCGUGUAAGAAUUUCGCUGUUGUCUUUUUUGAAUCACCGUUGAUGAAUUUCUGUUUAAUGGUAAAACAAAGUCCGAACGGACCAUUUACAGCCAAAAAUAUAUAAAUACACGAUUUAUUGAAUCACUUAUUUAAGUUUUUAAAUGUAAGUUGUAUAAAAACUUUGGAAAUUACAUUCGAAAUACAAAUGCUUCGGUGACUAUUUUAAUAAAAAUCACGAUUUCAAUGUUUUCUAUAGAUUAAAAUAAAAUAAAAUUAAUGACUUUAUAAAACUAUAACACCAAAACAUAUUUUUCUUAUAAUUGGAGAUAAUCUGUGAAUAGGAACAAAAUACUGUUUCUCAAGUAAAAAAAAUAUGAUGUUUAAAAAUUUUUGAAGAGUUGCAUUUUUAAUAAUUAUAAAUAAAAUUAUGACAGAUAGUAUUUGCUACUUUUAAAUGAAAAUAAAAUAAUUAUAAUGCAUUUGAUUUUAUACAACUUAACAAAAAGAAAUAGAUUUAUCUUUCAAUGUUCAAAAAGUACUGUAGAUUUAAAAUAGUUGGUAAUUAUUAAUUUCUACCCAUAGGAUUACCGUGUAGUUAACAAUUUUAUUGUAAUUUAUUAUUUUAUUACUAUUCUAAUUCAAUUUAUUAAAGUUUCAAGUUCACUCGUGGUUGUGUUAAGAAAUAAUUUAACCACUUUAUCUGUAUUACUGCAAACUGUUGGAUUUAUUAUUAUUUUUCUAUGAUUGUAUAAAUUGUGAAACCAAAACAAUUGAAUCGUUGACGCAAUAACAGAUACCUGAAUGAUGUACAAUGUUUUUUUGUAACUUAUUUAUAAAACAGUAGUGCAUGCAUUUAUAAAGUACACUCAUUUGGUUGGUAUAACUUAUUGGAAAAAAUAUAUGGUCCACCUAAAAAAUCUUUAGAAAUUGUAAUAUAUCCAAGAUUUUUAUCACCCUGUAAUGUACUUAUCUAUAUAAAACAAAACAAGUGACUGUAGGCAAUACAUUCCAAGAAAAACAUUUUCUAUAUAUUUUAACUGAUAAAUACACCAACCAAAUAAGUAAAAUAGAGUUAAGGUUAACUACAAUAGUUGUUCCCAUAUGCUGAUAUUGAUUUUAUUGUUGUUUCUAUACAGUUUUUUUAAUCGUUUUUUACAUUGGCUUGUCCGUCCUUGGAGUGAAAAUGAAAAAAAAGAAAAAUAAUUAAAAGCCUGAUAUUGUGCCUCUGAUGAUAAUUUUGAAUCUCAUUUCGCAAUAUAUUAAUUGUAAACUUAAAAUUGGGGAUGGUUUUAAAAGUAACCAUUCUUGAAAUCUUUUGCAAAAUGUGAUUUUUAUUGUAGUAACAUUAGUUGCCCAGUUUACCUUCGUAAAGUUUUUCAUUUUGUCAAAAAGUCUUGGCGAUUAGGAAUAAGAGGACAAACUACAAGCCAUCCCCUAUCUGAAAUUAGUUUUCACUUCAUUUAUUCACUGUUCACCUUCCAUUGUUAAAUUUUCACAUGUUUUUUUUAAUAGUUUCAAAGCGGGUAUACCAUUCCACUAUAUUUUUACAAUAGAUACAUUAUUUCUACUAACGCACAUUCCAUAUUGACUGCAAUAGUUCCACUUACCAAACAGAUUAUAUGUUGUAAACACAGUUUUUCUUGUUUUUUUUAUUUUAUUGUAAUAUAGUUAUCAUUAUUUUAUUUAAACUAUACACAAAUGUAAUGUUACAUUUUAUACUAAGUGACUUCUACCAACAUUAAAUAUAGCUGACCAAUUUGUUACAAAAUAUUAAUGAAUAGAACUCAUUUAUAAGCAACAAUAUGUCACUAAUUAGCCAUGUUAUUGUAACAAAAUAAGAUAACAGAUUUCCUCUAUAUGAUUUUUCUGUAGUUACAAUACUUUUUUCGUCAUUAUGGUUUCGCUAAAUAGUUUGAAAGUCAUCUUGCAUACAGGAAUUGUUCACAGAAAACCAUUUAAUUUGGAAACAAAUGAUAGCAGAUACGCAAAUAAUAUCGUGAUUCACCGGAAACUAUAAAGCAAUAGCAUAGUUUAUACAUAUUUGUUGUUAUUACAUGGUUAUUUGGAAAAAUAUCCAAAAUCUUUUCGCAAGUUUUCUUCGCAUUUCGAAAAUAUUUUUUUCGCACUUUAACAUAUUUUAAAUUUAAUAAUUAUUGAUCCUUGCAGUUAGCCUGCUAGCAAUUUUCACACUUACCAAUGCCUAAAAGAAACAAAAAAUAUUUUGAUGUUAUUUUUAUGUGCUAGAAAAAGUUAAGAGAUUUCGAAUAUUUUUUCAAUUCACUCUGUAUAAUUUGGUUUUAGAUUUUAUUACUGUCCGAAUUGUUCCAUCAUUUUGCGAUCAAAUCAUAUUGUCAUACCAUUGUUAUUCAAAAAACAGAGGUUACCUACGGCAAUGAGCAAUGUAAAAAAUUGGUGACACGCCCAAAAAAACAUAAAAUAUCUUUUGAUUGCAAAAUAGACCACAAAAUAACAUAGCUAAGACUCAGUUUAGUUAGACGUUUAUUUAGUAGCAUGUACUUAGUGAAACGCGUCCAGAAUAUAAAUAAAAAUAUAACUUUUUUAACUUAGUUCGCGAUCUAACACGAGUUGAUUUAAGUUUUUUUGAUUUUUAAUUUUAUUUUGUUCCCUUUUUGACAGGAGGUGUGUUAUUGGUUAUCUUUGCGACGAUAAAACAAAUAAAAAUAAAAUUAUUUCCUAACUUUUUUGUCACUCUAAAAAUUGACUAUUUUCUACAAUUUUAGUACUAAAUAUCAGGGGACCAACCUCUGUAGUAAUUUUCUUUGAAAUCUCUUCUUGAAUAAGAUUAAAAUUGUCUAAGAGUUUUCUUAAGCCGACUUCUAAUUGGCCUAGACUAAAUACAGUGUGUUUUUAACCAACUUACAAAAAAGGAGUUCUUUUUUGUGUUUACUUCUGCCUUGACAAAGUUCACCAAUUUCUCGCUUCUUAAGGCGGCGAGAAACCCUGGUGACUUCUUAAAGUGUCUUUUUAAUGAAAUAAUAAUUAAAAUUGAUACUUAAGUUCUAUGUCUUCUUUGGCACAACAUAAGAAAGAAUAGAGCUUCAUAGUAUUUUUGAAGAAAUAAUAAUUUUUUAAGUUAAAAGGUAAACAUAAUAAAAAAAACCGAAACAGUAAAAUUAUAUAUAUAUUUUUCUCUUCUGUACAACAUAUUUUUUUUUUAUAUAACAAGGCAGACGUAUUUUUCUUUUAAAAUCAGACGUAUGGUAGUGCAUCAGCCAAGUUAUUUUUUUCAAAAAUUCGUUGCAAAGCACCAAUAGCAUUUCUACAAGCGAUAAUUAAGAUGUUGUUGUAUAUUAAUAUUAUACAAAAGUUUAAAAAUUUUAAGACCAUUGUGGUGGCUCAAUUUCGAUGUAAGUGCAGACGUAAUGAACAUAGCCACGAACCGUGCUUUUAAGUCAAAUAUUUUGUAAACUACGAAUAAUUGGGAUACUUUAAUGUUUUAUAAUUUUUUAAUUAGAACAUUUUUCUUUAAUUUGAGAUAUGUCAUUGGAUUUUUUUUAUUUAGAUCCUAGUUUUAUUGUAGAAAUCCUAAAUUCUUUCGUACGCGUAUUAAAUUAUCCCAAUGUUCGUUAAAAAUCUAUAAAAUAAGGAAUUAUUCAAAAUAUAUUGUGGGGACAUGAUAAUGUUUAUUGUAUUUUUUUUUUGUUUGAAUUUGGUUUUAAAAUUAACAAUAAAAAUAAUUAUAGAAUCCUGACCUUAAUUUGGCAGCAGUAAAUAUAAAACUUGGGACAUAAAAAAUUGCCUUGCAAUAAUAAAAAAUGUGACCAGUCUAAAAAUAAAUUGAAAAUAAAACUCGCGAAAGUUGCCUAAUCAUGUACCCACAACAAAAAAAGUUAGUUAUUAAAAAAAUAUAACUGAAUCUACCUCAACCAAAUUACCCUUUAAUAUUGUUUGUAAGUGUUCUUUUGAGUCUUAUUAUUACUAAUAAAUAACUGAAAUGUAGUGUUUUUUAUAAUAAAUGCUAUUAGUUCGAGCAUCCACCUUUUGAUAUGGUAAUUAUUGUUACCGAACUAUUGAAUGCGGACGUCGGACUGUUAACACGGUAUUGUACGAAACGAUAUUAAAUUUGAAAAUAAAGUAA